UGCUGCCCCAGCUGUUUCCUGUUGAAAAUGUCUCCGUAAUGUAGAUAAAUGUGAGGGAUUUUCUCCACUAAAUCCGUCUCCUGUCCGCUAAAUCUCACGUCUCCGAAUCGAGCCUGCGCAAUGGAACAAAGUCGGAAUAUCGAGACGUGACACCGGCACCGCGUUUCCUCCUCGCCGCUUCUUUUCUUCCAGCUUUUUUAAAAAGAAAUUUUUACAUUUUCAUGUCUAUAUUUUUUUUUAAUUAUCAUAUUUUUUAAUUUUAAUGACUUUGGGACAAGUGUUUUCUCCGGACAGACGCUGGGAUGUCUAGAGGACAAUUGGGUGAUGUCCUAAAGUGGACCAUGCGCUGUGUGUCUCGCGGCCGCGCGCUCGCCCGGCUGCUGCUGCUGCUGUGCGCGCUCGCGCUGACGCCGGUGGAGGCGAGGGCGGGGCCUGAGACUCUGUGCGGGGCGGAGCUGGUGGACACGCUGCAGUUUGUGUGCGGGGACCGGGGCUUUUAUUUCAGCAAGCCAACAGGCUACGGCCCCAACUCACGUCGCUUGCACAACCGUGGCAUUGUAGAUGAAUGCUGCUUCCAGAGCUGUGAGCUGAAACGACUCGAGAUGUACUGUGCACCAGUCAAAUCUGGUAAAACGCCACGAUCCGUACGAGAGCAACGGCACACAGACACGUCCAAAACACCAAAGAAACCUAUGCCUGGUCACAGCCAUACAUGUAAGAGAGCGAAAAAAAAGAGGAUGGUGAGGGAACGUCGGUUAGUAGCUGCUAAAACGAGGUUCACCAGAAGAACUCGAGCCGAGGGAACACCGGGGGGAGGAACUACCGGAUGUAGUUAAGAGGUGGAAAUAACGGACAGUGCAGAGAAGCAAUGCAAGAGGAAAACAAAACAAAACAAAAGAAAAAAAAAGGAGAAUGGACCAGCUUUAUGUACAUACACCCGUAAAGACUGACUAUUUUCGACACUGCACCAUUCCACACUGGGGAGGGACAACAUCUGUCCAAACAGCAAAAUUAAUAUAGCUGCUAAAAAGUGUAAUAUAAUAGCAGCUGCUCCAUAUUCCGGCAGUGGGAAAGCUCCUGUAUGUAUAAGAGAGCCACUGGAAACUUUAAUCGACCCAAACUCUUUCACUUCCUGAUGGGUGGGAUAGAGCCAGUGGGUCACUGGAGGAGAGGUGAAGGUUUUUUCUGUGUCAUGGGUGAACAGAACGUUGCAAUGGUCCCUCCUACACACACACAGACACACACACACAGACAUGCCUUUGCAAUUAAUUCCAGAUUGCUGCAAUCCAGUGCAAAAUUCAAGUUGGCAGAAUUUCAGCACCAUUUCUGAUUAAGCUUUAGUGGAAAGACAGUACACAAGCUCUAGCACUGAUGAGGAAUAUCUUUGUUUUUUGUUUUCGAGCUUCAUCGGAACAAUCCGAGAGCCGUUUAGACAGAACGCUCGUUCAAAACAGACGCUUCCAUUUCAGGAUGACGAACGCGGCUAAGCAGGAGGACGUCUUUUUGUUCUUAAAAGAGGAACCGUAUGGAAAGGGUUACAGAGGACUAAUGGAAAGGCAACCGUGUCUGACAUUCAACUCAUUCGACUUCAGGAAGCGAUGCCGCUUCGAUGAUUAUGACAUCAGACUGCAUGAUUGGUUUUUGAAGAAAAACAAAAAAAAAGCCAAUAUUUUCCACCAAAGCAUGUACAUCACAUAACACAGUAAGCGUUUUCACUAAAACCUGGCAAUAUUAUACAAAAGAUGCAAGCAAAAACCCAGUGGAACUUCUCACACAACCAACAUCUCUGAGAAAUACAGGGAUGGACAAAUCACUAGCCCUGAGUUUGUGUCUGAGAUUUUAAAAUUUAACUCGUUGCUGUCGAAAAAAAUAAAUAAAAAUAAAACGCUCA